AUGGCAUUCCACCCCCAGGCUCGCCAAUCGCUUCACCGUCCCCUCCAGCCAACAUCUGAAGCCCAGGAUGUGGAGCACUACAGUCCACGUGCUCCACAAGCGCAGCAAGCGCCCGACGAGUCCCAGACCUGGGUUCUUUUCUCUCCUGGAGAUAAUGCCACAGCAUCUUCUUAUCUUGGUGAGAGCGACCGAUCGCUGCAGACGGCAGGCCGGUCGCGGGCUAGCGACUUCGGUAGCCUAGAUUCGAACCUGAGGUCAGAUCUUGAUCUCGAUGCACACUCACAGUCUUUAGAGGUGCCUGCGACCAUUGACGAGGACCUCGCCGAGGACGAUGCCGAGUUGGACAGCCUAGACAGCCAUCUUCCCGAGUUCCGGGCCAUACACAAUCCCUAUCUCGAGCCGCCCGCGCCCGCCUCCCAGAGCGUGCCCUCAAACGAGAGCGAAAGCACCCAAGUUCGGUCGGAAGAGACUUUGUCCGGGAUUGUCCAAGGCGAGCACGACAAUGUUGACUGGCAUCAGGGCGGCCCUUCCGAGGGCGAGGUGCCUGCCGAGGGGAUCUUGUCCCGCAUCGCUAAGAACCUAAUCAAGGAGCUGGUGGGAAUCGACGAUCAUCUAAUAUUAGCCAUUCUGUUUGGGGAAGCGCUUCCUGAAGAUGUGCAGGACAUCCCAACCAGCUGUCACAUCACCCUGGCGCCUUUUCAACCUACUCGCAUGCAGCGCAUGCCCCUGCCCUAUGCGGGCCUGCCUGUUAUCCCCGAAACGCCAGCAGGCCACUUCUCACAAGAGGUCAGCAGGGAUCAAGAUGGUCUCUCCGCGACGAUGCCAGAAUUCCGACCCACAGCUCCACGGCAGAGCCCCGUGGGCGAGACCCAGAGCUUGAUCCCGCAAGUAAGCGGGCACGAAGCUACGCCAGCUAGCCAGCAUUCUGCUAGCUUCACACAAGACGAGUGGGAGCAAGACUUGGAUAUCCGACUUGCUUUCCGAUAUCUUCGCUCGCGGUUCAGCUCACGGUCGUCGCCGGCACCGGCGACAGCUGGUACGUCUCAUCUCGCUACAUCAAGCACGCAAGACAGCGCAGCCAAGGCGGCAAGGAUAAGGCAGCACCAUCCGCUCGUGGCGGCGCGGCCACGUGCGGUGGAGAGGAGGUCUUUCAAAGUUAGCACGCCCAGUAGCCCCGCCGUGAUCAGGCACGCCUCGAGCUGCGCAAGCCAGAGCACGAGACGGUCCGGCAGAAGGAGCAGCGUAUCAUCGCGCCACUACUGGGACAUUGGGGGUUCGCUGGGAACGGGCUCGGUGAUCGCAUCCAACGGACCGAUGGGGAGCUGGGGCGAGGUCUAG